GAUAGGUUAGGAGUCAUGUUUAUAUCUCGAUUAAUAAAAAGUCCAUGGUGUAAAUGUCAAAGAACAUAUGCUUCAAUACGUACAAUAAAUGUAAAAGAAGAAAAUGAAGAACAAGACAUUACAAAAAUUAGAAAUAUUGGAAUUUUGGCACACAUCGAUGCUGGAAAAACCACUACCACAGAAAGAAUGCUUUACUACUCUGGUCUUAUCAAGCAUAUGGGAGAAGUACAUCAUGGAAACACGGUAACAGAUUACAUGGAUCAAGAAAGACAGCGCGGUAUAACUAUUACCUCCGCAGCGGUAACAUUUGAAUGGAAAAACUAUCGUAUUAAUUUAAUCGAUACUCCAGGACACAUUGAUUUUACUAUGGAAGUAGAACAAACCCUGAGGGUAUUAGAUGGAGCAGUAGUUAUAUUGGAUGGUAGUGCAGGUGUUGAGGCUCAAACAUUGACAGUUUGCAGGCAAGCUGACAAAUAUGACAUACCUAGAAUUAUUUAUGUGAAUAAAAUGGAUAGGCCAGAUGCUAAUUUUGACACUAGCUUAAAAUCUAUUGAAUCAAAGUUGAAUAUAGAAGUGUUACCUACACAAUUUCCUAUUAAAGAAGAAGGGAUUUUAAAAGGAAUCGUGGAUGUUAUUUCCUUAGAGAAAAUGAUUUUUGAUAAAGGAGAUAAGGGCAUGAUAUUUUCCAGAUUGAAAUUAUCUGAAAAUGAGGAUAAAGGCAUAUGGGAACAGGCUAAUGAAAAACGUAGAAAUUUAAUUGAUAAAUUGUCUGGUAUGGAUGACAAAUUGGCUGACAUAAUUAUAGAGCAAGAAUCUUUUGAUGCGAUAACUCCACAAAUGUUGGUUAAUUCCUUGCAGAAGUCAACCAUAAGUAGAAAAGGUGUGCCUGUGCUCUUAGGUAGUUCUUAUAAAAAUAUAGGAGUACAACCCUUAAUGGAUAGUGUUAUCUUAUAUUUACCAUCUCCCAUUGAAAAUAAAUUUUCUCGAUUUUAUGGUUGCUUUAACGAACAUGUAUGCGCCAGAGCAUUUAAAGUCGUUCACGAUAAACAGAAAGGACUAAUUACGUUUUUCAGAAUUUACAACGGUAGCAUAAAGAAAGGCAAAAAAAUAUAUAACGUUCGCAGUGCAGAAAAAGAAGUAAUAGGGAAAUCGUAUAUUGCAUUCGCUGACGACUACCAGGAAAUACCAAAAAUUACAAAUGGUAAUAUUGCUGCAAUAACCGGAUUAAAAAGUACAAUGUCCGGUGACUUAAUAACAUCCAAUUUAACAACGUUAAAAGAAGUAAAAAGAAAUCUAAAGGCACAAAGUGAUGUUAAUUCGGAAGACGUAGAGAAAAUAUUUUCUUGCAAUUUACAAACGUUAGAACCAGUCUUCUUUUGUUCGAUAGAAGCGCCAUCGUUAUCUAUGCAAUCUGCUUUGGACAAAGCUCUUGAACAACUCGUAAAAGAAGACCCAAGUUUAAGAGUUACUCAGAAUGAAGAAACUGGUCAGAUUGAACUUGGAGGCAUGGGCGAAUUGCAUCUCGAAAUUAUUAAAGAAAGAAUUAGAAAUGAGUACAAGAUUGAUGCUGAUUUGGGCCCUCUACAAAUUUCCUAUAGAGAAACUAUAAACGAACCUAUUCAAAACACUUAUUCGUACGAACACAAGAUUGGAAAUAACAUUUCAAAAGUUACCAUCACCAUGUCAUUAAUACCAAAUUAUGAAGAAAAAAAUAUAUUACAAUUAGAUAACUCUUCAAAAUAUCACGACAAUGUAAAUCAUAUAUCGGAAAAUACACUGAAAAUAGUGCGAAAAGCUAUUAAAGCAGUUUUUUCACAUGGACCAAAAUUAGGUUAUCCAGUCUUGAAUGUGGGCAUUAAAUUGCAUAGUAUACAACUUGAAUCAAGUACAAGUAUAUCGAUCACUGCGGCUGUUUCACAGUGUAUUAGGCAGUUAAUGAAGGAUGUUGGCAUUACACUUCUGGAACCCAUAAUGAACGUGGAGGUUAUGGUGCCUGAAGAAUAUUUAAGCGCAGUUCUAAAGGACUUGUCAAGAAGGCGAGCAGAAGUAAAAUUCAUUGAUGUUAUCAGACAGAACAAGAUCGUCCACUGUCUUGUACCAUUGGCUGAACUCUUAGGAUACUCAAGAGCAGUGAGGAUAAUUUCAUCCGGUCAUGCAAGCUUUUCGUCGGAAUUCGACCACUACGAACCACUUGAUCCAAUCAAUGAAGCAAUAGCGAUUAAAAACAUUACAGGCAUCAACUAAAAGAACAUUAAAUGUAAAAAAAGAAAUCCUCUGUAAAUUCAUAGGACGUGAUAUUAUUUGUACUAAAUAUUUAACAAAUGUUAUACCUUAGGAAACUAGUAAUUUAAUUGUACAAAGAUAGAAAAUUCGGUCGUUAUGAGAAUUAUUUCUAUAUUAUUUGAGAAUUUAUACGUAAAUUUAUAAGGUUCCACUACGGAUUUUUCAUUCACGUAGUCUUACGUGUAAGUAAAGUAACCAAUAUUAUACACAAAAUUAAAACACAUCGUUAUUAUUCAUGGACAAAAUUACAUACUCGCUUGUUCCUUUAUUCGUUCGAUCUAAUCAAAAUAUAUUGCAGCAUUUAUCGAUGGUGCGUUACAAUCCUUUUUUCUUAUUUACGAUCGUCGAUCGCGGCCGCCGAUUACGUGGCUGAGAU